GUCGUCGGAGAUUGCGAAUUCUCUUUUCAGACAUUCUGUGACUAAGCAGUCAGCGAAAAACAACAAAACAAGUCCCCCUCUCUCUCUCUGAACUUUCUCUCUCUAGCAAGCCAUGACUGCAGCCACCAAAAACCACCACCCCUCCUCCUCUAAACCACCCAAGAACCACCACUCGACCCCCAAAGCAACUACCCCACAAACUAUCAGCACUCAAAACUCUAACCCCACUACUAACCCUAACCACGUAAUUAAUCCAUCACCAUUAUCUCCCUCCCUCAAAGACCAGGUUUUGUCACGCGCCACCCACAUUACGCGCCAAGAACUACUCAAAAGAAGAUCCCACAAGCUUAAACAGCUCUCAAAAUGCUUCAAAGAUUAUUACUGGGCAUUAAUGGAAGAACUCAAAGUUCUGUACAGAGAGUACUAUUGGAAGUAUGGUGUUAGCCCAUUCAAAGAAGACCACAAAAACACCCUUCAAAAAGUAGAGCAGCAUAAGCAGGGUGGUGAGUUUGGUGUUUUAGAGAGAGAGAAUGGGGAGGGGGAGGCUAAUAUUGAAGUUAUUGGUGAAAAUAAUAAUAAUGUUAGUGAUUUGAAGAGCAAUCAUAGGUGUUUGUUUGUUGGGUGUAAGCUAAAGGCUAUGGCUUUGACAAGUUUUUGUCAUCUUCAUAUACUUUCCGAUGCAAAGCAGAAGCUUUACAAGCCUUGUGGUUAUGUUAUCAAAAGUGCUCAGGCAGGACCAAUAACAUGUGGAAAGCCAAUACUGAGAUCAACUGCUCCUGCACUCUGCACUGUCCACUUCCAAAAGGCUCAGAAACAUGUGACUCAGGCACUGAGGAAAGCAGGCCUUAAUGUUUCCUCAUCAAGUAAGCUUGCUCCUAAGUUCCAUGUCAUCGUGACAGAAUAUGUGCGUCAAAUUCAAGCCAAAAGGAAGGCUGCAAAAUGAGGAAAUCAGAGUAAAGUCAUAGGUGACUGCUAGCUGAGCUGUGUGUCCAUUGCAGAGAUGAUUUGUGAAGCAUGAGUGACAGUGUACAUUGUUAGAAUAACCCAUGAUAUGCUUUUUCCGGAUGUUUAUCUUCCGGCAGCAGCACUAGGUGUUCGACAUACCAGUUACUCUGGCAAACACAAAAACACAAAUGUGUACCGAUGCUAGACGAUUGUAACAGCUCUGAUGCGCCAAACCUUUAUUUUAUUUAUAAAAGCUUGUAUAGCCAUUCAACUUGAAUUGGUGAAUGAUGGUAUGUGCUGUAUAUGAUCAUGAACCUGUGCUUCUGUGCUCCUUUUCUUUCUCUUCAACGAUGAAAUUUUAUGUGCUGUAUAUGAUCAUGAACCUGCGCUUCUGUGCUGUAUAUGAUCAUGAACCUGUGCUUCUGUGCUUCUUUUCUUUCUCUUCAACGAUGAAAUUGUAUGGCAGAAUCGGGCAUUGUAAGGUCAGCCAGUGGGCUGAAUGCUUCUUUUAUAGUACGAUUGUAGAACAUUGGUCUGGGACUGUAAAGCAUGACCAUGCAUUUUAAAU